AUGGCGGCGGCAUCUAAGCUUCAUAUUGACAUUUCAAUCACUCCCAAUCUUUCUACACCACCUGAACGUCUGCCAUUGCCUCCACCAUGGGUGAACAAAUUAGUUCAGGAUGUGAUUAGAAAUCAAGUCAUCGCUCAGCCUGAGGCUCAGGCUAUUGCCUCGGCAACUGUGAAUCUCACAUACAAAGAACUAGACGAGAGCUCUACAUGGCUGGCUGUGCAGAUUGCAUCUUCUGGAAUCAGCUCAGGUUCUAUUGUGCCAAUUAUUCAUGAGAAAUCUGCCGUCACCAUCGUUGCUAUGCUUGCAGUUUUGAAGGCUGGAUGUGCUUUCACUGCCCUAGAUGUAUCUCACCCAAUACAGAGGUUGUUGGAAAUUAUUGAGGACACCAAUGCCCCCAUUCUGCUAGUAUCAGCUGAACAGGCUCUGCGAUUCAAUGGUCUUGUUGGAGUUCCAAUCUUGGAACUGUCCACUGAUGUCAUCUCUGGUUUGACCACUGCUGCUGAAACACCCAAAGCUCCGACCGAUGUCUCACCACGUCAUCUGAUGUAUACCGUCUUUACCUCAGGCAGUACAGGUCGCCCAAAAGGUGUCAUGAUAGAGCAUGGCGCCUGGCUGACGAGCGCUCUCGCAUAUGGCGCUGACCAAGAGCUCAAUUCCGGCUCGAGAGUCUUGCAAUUUGCAUCAUAUGCCUUUGACAUGUCCUUGAUGGAGAUAUUUACGACUCUCAUCUUUGGUGGAUGCAUCUGCGUGCCAGAUGAGGAAGAUCGUUAUGGAAGAAUACAGGAUUUUGUCAACCAGACGGGCGUCAACACCUUGAUGCUGACGCCUUCCUACGCCAAAUUGCUAGACCCCACUACAAUGCCUGCUGUUAAGAUACUUAUCACCGGUGGCGAGGCCGUCCCCAGUGAUCUAAUUGAGCUGUGGAAUCCACAUGUCAAAGUCUACAUUGCCUACGGUCCGACGGAAGCCUCAAUACAAUCUGCUGGCACAAAGCUCGAGAUUGGAACUACCACGGUCCCAUCGGGUCUCAUAGGGCGCCCAAUAGGCUGCAAUCUGUGGAUUGUUAAAGAGGAUAACCACAAUGAGCUGAUUCUUAAGGGCGAGGUCGGGGAGCUGGUCAUCGAAGGAAACACUCUCGCACGGGGCUACUUGGGUGACGAGGCCAAGACCGCUGACACAUUUGUGAACAUAUCCAUUGGCCUUGAUACCCGGCGCGUGUUCAAAACAGGCGAUUUGGUUCGCCAGACUGAGGGCGGCGAUAUCAUCUUUGUUGGCCGCAAGGACACGCAGAUUAAGGUGCAGGGCCAACGCUUCGAGCUCGCUGAGAUUGAAGCAAGGCUGGCCCAGACUCUACCCAUUGGAUCUAAAUCUUGUGUUGACAAAGUUGAGAACCCCCACUUUCACAAUGGAGGUGUUAUUGUGGCCUUUUUUACCGACAAUGUAAGAGUGUCGGGCGACGAGAAGCCAGAGGUCAGCUGGAAUCAAGUUGAGACAACCUUGGAAAGAUCCCUCGAAAUCAUGGCGAACCUUGGAACAGUACUCCCGAAGCCAAUGAUUCCAUCACUAUACGUACCAGUCUCUUUUAUCCCUCUAACAACAUCUCACAAGACAAACCGCGCCGCAUUACGAGAGCUGAUUACAUCUCUGGGCCCCAUUGAGAUACAAAAACUCCGAAAGCCAGAUAUGACCAAAGGCAAAUCCAGAGCCCUAUCUGCUGAGGAGUCAAUUUUGCGAGAGCUAUGGGCGUUCGCUCUAAACUUGAACCCAGAGAGCAUUGGACCGGAUGAUCACUUUAUUCAACUCGGAGGUGAUUCGGUUACAAGCAUCAAACUGAUCGCAGCAGCUCGCAGUCGUGGGAUCAGACUCACAUCAGCCACUGUCCUCUCUAACCCAGUCCUGUCCGACCAAGCUCGACUCGCAUUCAGCUCCGCCGCUGGAGAGAGUGGCGAGAAUAUUCCACCGUUUGGGUUACUGGGGGUUCGUUCGAACGAGCUCCGCGUAAUAGCGGCCGCCUUAUGCGGGCUUCCAACAGAGGAAAUAGAAGAUGUCCUGCCCAUGACGCUCAGUCAGAUGCGGUGGUACGGGAAGACUUUGGUGAAGCCAGACGCAUGGAUUGACCAAUACCACUUUCAACUCCCCAGUGACGUGGACCUUGUACGAUUCAAUUCAGCCGUCAGUUCCGUUGUAGAGGCUACGGAUCUUUUGCGAGCAAGGGCUGUCGCCUCUGGAGACAGGAAGCUUUUUCAGGCCAUCACCAAGUUUCAUCCAGUUCAAGUCAUCAACGUCAGUGAUACCUUGGAAGAGUACCUAAGCCGGGAUCUCGCAAUUCCCAUGCGUAUUGGUGCACCAUUGACCCGUUUCGCUAUCCUUCAUCAAGCCGACUCAACUAAAGUCUUUGUCUGGACAAUCCACCAUGCUAUCUACGAUGGCUAUUCUCUACCAAUGCUGCUGCAAACCAUCCAGGAUUUCUAUCAGGGCCUCAAGCCAGCCCCAUUCACUCCUUUCAACCGCUACCUCAAAGGUCCUGAAGAGAAGGAUCUGAUUGAUGGAGAAAUAUUUUGGAUAAAUUAUCUACUGCAGGCUUCUUGGACCAAGUUUCCCGUCUUACCACCUCCUGAGGAAAAGUCUCCACCACAGAUGGGCAGACUCUUGCGGACCCUAAGUAUCGUCUCGAGACAAGCACAGCCCGGCAACUUUGAGAGCGCACAGUCGGUCACUAUGGCAAAUGUGAUCCGUGUUGCAUACGCUGCAACGCUCUCACACCAUUCAGCAGACCGUCCAAGCUCUGUCCUUUUCCUAGAAUCUCUCGGUGGUCGAAACUCAAGCCUGAAGGGCAUCGAUCGUGUCGCUGGACCGACCCUCCUCACCAUCCCUACGAGAUUGGAGCUACCAGGUGUUAAGUCAUGCAAAGAUGUUGUAUUAGAGGCGCAGACAUCACUUGUUGAGAGAAUGAAGUUUGAGAGCUUCCCCCUGCCCCGCCUCCUACCGCUUGCACCUGCUCUUGAGCUGCGUAACGUCCUCAUGAUAGAGAAUGAAGCGUUUCUGAUCAACGGAGAUGGUAACGGACUAUUCGGCCAUGGAAAAGAAGAGUUGAAGUUGGAGGAGACAGAGGGCUUACCAAUGAUAUUCCGGUGUACUACUCUUCAAAGCCAGUUGGAUGUCGAUAUAAGAUACGACAGUACCAUCAUUCCCCACGGGGAGGUGGAAGCUUUCUUGGAAACCUUUGAAAGAUUUUUUGAAGAGUUAUGGUAUGGUGAUGGGGCCAGAUCUUUUGAUGUCAUUGCUUCAUCCUGAUUUAUGGGAUAGCGGUUUGACAACUUGUAAGAGAUGAGAUUCAGAUUCUCUUUAGAUGCUACUUUUGGGUGCUAGCUGUUAUGACAUUACACCGAAGGCAGCUUAAUUAGUUGAUACUAUGGGAUGCGUGUUAAGCAAGUAUCGCAAAUUCCCAGAUAGUACAAGUAAUCAAACCAAAC